CGAGGAGCGCGACGGAGGAGAGGAGCGAGGAGGGCACGGCGUGAUCGAACGAGUGCGCUGAACGAAAGUUUCGACGGUCGCGAGCUCUCGCGCGCGAGGCACGACGCGCGGCGCGCGGAGCGAGAGUUGCCGCUUUCACUUCGUCGCGCGCGGCGGUGACGAAUCUUUUUUUCGAGCGUCACCCACAAGCCCUACGGCCCGGAUCGAGCGCGGGAGGCGAUGACGGCGGAGAAGAAGGAGCUCAAAGUGUUCCCCGCUGGCCUUCGCGUGCUCGUCGUGGACGAUGAUCCGCUCUGCUUGCGAAUCGUCGAGAAGAUGCUGAAGCGGUGCCAGUACGAAGUCACGACGUUCUCGCGCGGCGCGGAGGCUCUCGAGACCCUGCGCGCGCGCAGGGACGACUUCGACAUCGUCCUCAGCGACGUGCACAUGCCGGACAUGGACGGAUUCAAACUCCUGGAGCACAUCGCGCUCGAGCUCGACGUCCCCGUCAUGAUGAUGUCCGCGAACUGCGCGACGGACGUCGUCCUCCGCGGGAUCAUUCACGGCGCGGUGGACUACCUCUUGAAACCCGUUCGCCUCGAGGAGCUCCGUAACAUCUGGCAGCACGUCGUCCGGCGGCAGCGCGAGCCGAGCAAAGACGGGGCGGCGGGCAAAGGCGGCGGCGCGUCGGGCGCGCCGGAGGUGAGCGGCGACACGCACGCCAACACGGACGAUAAGCAGGACGGUAACGCGACCGAUAGCAAAGGGAGCGGGUCGCAGAAGAGGAAGAGCGGCAAGAGCGGCGACGACGGAGGAAAGGACGGCGGCGGGUCGGGCGGGAAGGACGGCGACGCGAGCAAUAAGGGGAACAAUAACAAACGGAAAAAAGGAAAAUCAAACGACGCGACCGAGACAGCCGGCGGCGCGGGCGUGGAGGACAACGACGACACGUCCGGCCUGAAGAAACCGAGGGUGGUGUGGUCGCCCGAGUUGCAUCAGCAGUUCGUCACCGCGGUGAAUCAGCUCGGGAUCGACAAGGCGGUGCCGAAGAGGAUCCUCGACCUCAUGGGCGUGCAGGGGCUCACGAGAGAGAACGUCGCGUCGCACCUGCAGAAGUACCGCCUCUACUUGAAGCGUUUACAGGGCGUGAACAACAACGGCACGGUGCCGUCCGGCGCCGCCGGGUUCAUGACGGGCUUGGCCAUCGACGGCGUCGGCGGCGUCAUGGGCCCGCCGACGACGGGCUCGCCGGCGAUGAACGGCCCCGGCGGCCCCGGCGGCGGGCUCGUCAUGGGACCCGGCCACAUGGGCGGCCCUCACAUGGACGGCUCCGGGAUGAUGCACAUGGGACCCGGCGGGCCCAUGGCGGGGAUGACCGUCGUGUACGGCGGCGGGAUGCCCGGCGGGAUGCCCGGCGGCGCCGACAGCAAAAACGGCGCGUCGGGCCAGCCGCCGCCGGGGGGGUACGUCGUGAUGGGAGGCCCCCACGGCGGGGGCCCGGGCGGGGCGCCGAUGAUGAUGCAGCACGGCGGGAUGGUUCCAGGUCCGGGGCCCGGGCUCGUUCCAGGUCCGGGGGGGUCGCUGAUGAUGCCCGCGGGGAUGAUGCCGGACGGCGGAGGGGGCAUGGUCGGCGUGCACGUGGGACCCGGCGUGGUGAUGGGGCAGCACCAACUCGGAGGGAAGCAUUCGAGUGGCGGCGCUGGGAUGGCGGGCGGAAGCGCGGCGGGCAAGGGCGCGCAGCGCGGCGGCGUCGGAGGCGCGUUCGACGUGCCGCCGACGAACGGGAGCCUCGACGCGGACGAGAUUGGGGACGACGUCCUGACGAUGUUCCUGAAGGACGGGUUGCCGGAGAUGAACGACGGCGACGCGCUGUGACGGGCGACGGGGGCGAUUUUGAUUAUUCGCGCGGACGGCGAUCGAUUCCCCGUUCCGAGUCGCGUUCCGAAUCGCGCCCGCGCGACUCGACGACGGACGACGAACAUAUUUUUUUCCCGGCGCGCGCGUUGAGAGCUCGACGCGCGACCUGGGAGCACUAGGACGAGACCUGGGAGCACUAGGACGAGACAUAGAGACAAGACACUUAAGUACAAGACACUACGAAGGUAAAAUAC